AUGAAGCCAACAUAUGUUUAUUCAAAUCCUGUGCUGAGUCUUCUGAGCUCCAACUCAACUUAGAGUAGUCCAAUGACUACAAGUGAAUUGAAUGAUUCGAUCGAAUACUAUAUGGACCAAAAAGACUAUCAGACUGAAGUAGAAAUAGUUAAAUAUCUGCAUGGUUUGGGAGUGCGGACAAAAACAAACCCACUGAUUAAAGAGUAACAAUAUUGGGAAGAAAGAAAACAGAAGAGCCAAAUAAUGUCAGAGACCAUCGUCAACUCUUCGGAAAGGUUGGUGUUAAAUCCAACCGUAAAUCGAUUGAUGAGAAAGAAUGUAAUAUAAAUACCAAGGAAUUCAAAUAGUCCCUAUUUCUUACUGGAUUAAUUAUGA